GUUCUUGGCAUCGUUUCAUUUGAGCAUGCAUAGUAUUUGGGGCGGUCUGGUUGGGUGGCCGGGGGCGAGGCUGCGGCGUCGUGAGUACACCAAGCGGGAACCAUGUACUCGGAGGGCGCUGGUGACGAAAAUAAAGCUUCCGCGCAACCACAGAACCCCGCUGAGUGGGGGACCGCCGCCUGGGAGGUAAACGGGCCUCCCGCGGAGACUGGCGGCAGCGCUGCCGGCCCGACAGUCUUUGUUGGACGCUCGAAGGGGGUGUGCUACGGAAGAGUCUGGUGCUCCCUGGGAAGGAACUGAUUGUAGCUCGAAAUCAGCAUCGGUUUUCUGCAGAGUAGUUAAAUGAGUGUGAAGUGCUUGUCUUUGUGAUAGUGGUGUUCAGAUUCGUCUGAAGUUCUGUCAAAAUGACCACUUCUCAGCCAGUGAAGAUGCCUCAAGUGUUUAAGAGCCUGCUGGGCAAGAGCCUAGUGCACCGCCGGCCCAAGGAUGAGGGCCCGUCUGAGAUUGGUCUACCCACAAAUGUCACUCACACAGUGCAUGUCGGGAAGAAUGAGGCCGGCGACCUAGAGGGCCUGCCAGAGUCCUGGCAGAGUUUCAUUGAUAGGUUUCUCAGCAAAGAUGAACAAAAACAAAAUCCAGAUGCUGCAAUUAAUGCACUCAAGCUCUUCAACUAUUCCAUGAAGAAGCCAAAUCAAAAUGUUCCAUUUAAGCCUUUCAUCACACAAGACACCAUCAAUGAAGAGUUGGAGGAAAUCAAUCACAUUCUUGACUCGAAGGUAUCGCUGAAGUCGACGGCGCCCGUGCCUCCCGAGGUGCCUGCCAACCUGAACAAGGUCAAACAGCAGACCAAAGAAGACGAUGAGCCGCCGGCGGCGCCGCCGACCUCACUGGUGCCGGCUCCGGAGGACGACGUGCCGCCGCCCAUACCCGACAAGGUGGGCCACAGAGGAGAGGGCAACGGCACCGCGCCCAGCCCCAUGGUCCGCAAACGCACCGUCGAAAAGCCGAAAAUGUCCAACGCGGCCGUGAACGAGGCUCUGCGGGAGAUAUGCGCGCCGGGCGACCCGCGAGAGAGGUUCGCCUUCGACAAGGAGCUCGGCGCCGGGGCGUCCGGUAUCGUGAACCUGGCCACGGAGCGAGCCACCGGCCGGCGGGUGGCCAUCAAGGACAUUGACCUGACGAAGCAGCCGCGGCGCGACCUGAUUCUGACGGAGAUCAGGGUAAUGCGUGAUGUGCACCACCCGAACCUGGUCAACUUCCUGGACGCUCACCUGGUCGGCGAGCACCUCUACGUUGUGAUGGAGCUGCUGGAGGGAGGUCCUCUCACCGACGUUGUCAUGGAGACGGUACUGAAGGAGUCUCAGAUCGCGGCGGUUGUCAAAGAGGUGCUGCAGGGACUGCAGUUCCUACACUCACUGGGUAUCGUCCACCGCGACAUCAAAUCAGACAACAUCCUGCUGGGCAAGGACGGCUCCGUGAAAAUCACCGACUUCGGCUUCUGCGCCAACAUCCAGGGCGACGAGAAGAGACAGACCAUGGUCGGCACGCCGUACUGGAUGGCGCCGGAGGUGGUGACGCGUAAAAAGUACGGCAAGAAGGUGGACAUCUGGUCGCUGGGAAUCAUGGCCAUUGAGAUGAUCACUGGCGAGCCGCCCUACCUGAACGAGGCGCCUCUGCGAGCGCUCUACCUGAUCGCCACGCACGGCAAGCCCGAGAUCAGCGCCGAGUAUACGGUCUCAGACCUGUUCAGGAGUUUUCUGGACGCGUGUCUGGAGGUGGAGGUCGAUAACCGGGCCUCUGCCGAGGACCUGCUCGCCCACUCCUUCCUCACCAUCGCCGGAGACGUGUCGGCGCUCAAGAAGAACAUCACCGCCGCGCAAAAGAUCAAAAUGAAGCAGAUCUAGUCUGGCGCUGGCCGGCCGCGGCGGCGGCGUCUCUCCAAUCAGGGACUGCGAGAUCUACCAGUGGAGUCGGCUGCGGCGGGCGGGCAGACGGACCGAGCGGCCGGCGCGCGCCCAGGACAGUGCCGCGUGGCGCCGCGUGCCGUGACAGUGACGACGCCGUGGCGUCACACCCUGUGUAUGUGCGAGUGGUGCCGCGGAGUGCCCGGCGACCUGCGCUGGUGGCGGACAGUGCCCACAGAUUGCCUACAGCCUAGUCCAGCGGAUCCUGACGUCCAAGGGACCACAACGAUUAUGUGCGCUACUAUUUUGGAGUACGUAUGCUUUGCGAGCGACAGAACGGAGCGCUACCGUGUGAUAUCAGUGAGAGAGGCGCAGCGCGCGCCCAGUUCAGUGUUUUGUCUAGUUUAGCCGACCGUCGGGCGCGCCUGUGACAAUGCUCAACGGAAGCCGGGCUGCUCGCGAAGCGCGCUGACCGGAAGUGGGGCUGGCCGGAGCCGUGAGCACUUCCGUCGGGAGAUGGCUGCACGGAGCGGGCCCCCGCGGUUCACCGGCCGAGGGGCCCACUCCACCCGACUGGCCGGCCGGCUCCCCGCCGCAGCCAUGUGCAUUAGCGCUUCCCGACGCCCGGCGGCGCACAUUUUUUAGGCCGUUUUGACCGGUGCUUGUGUUGUGUUUCGUAUCUCUGUGACGGGCCGAGCGGCUGAUCAGUCAAUCAUCGUCCCUCAUUACGGCGGGCCGUCCGCCGUCCACAGCGGCGAAACGGUGCGGCAUUGUAUGCUCAUGUAUGGGGCGAGGCCGGGCCGGUCCGCCCCGCCCCCGUGCGGGGCCGAUGUGGGGCCGCCCGGACCCGCCGAGCUUGAUUUUGUGAUCGCUAGUGAUUACAGUCUUGUACUUUGAAUACUGGUGAGAUAGCUUUGUACUUAAAGACAUGUAAGCAAUACAUGAUUGAUUUUA